GAAAACUUUAAAGCAGAUGUAUGAGUGUACAUUGCUGAGUUAAAUAGUUAACUCCUUACUUGCUUCCCUUCCAGUAAUUCUGACCACUGCGGAUACAGAAAUGGCUAACAAUUUUACUACACCACUGGCAGCUUCUCACGGCAAUAACUGUGAUCUCUAUGCACACCACAGCACGGCCAGGAUAUUAAUGCCUCUGCAUUACAGCCUGGUCUUCAUCAUUGGUCUGGUGGGAAACCUGUUGGCCUUAGUUGUCAUUGUUCAAAACAGAAAGAAAAUCAACUCAACCACUCUCUAUUCAAUGAACUUGGUGAUUUCCGACAUCCUGUUUACCACAGCUUUACCUACGCGGAUAGUCUACUAUGCCCUGGGUUUUGAUUGGAGGAUUGGUGAUGCCCUGUGCCGGAUAACUGCUCUGUUGUUCUACAUCAACACGUAUGCAGGUGUGAACUUCAUGACUUGUUUGAGCAUAGAUAGAUUCUUUGCCGUGGUGCACCCUCUGCGCUACAACAAGAUUAAAAGAAUUGAAUAUGCAAAGGGCAUUUGUGUAUUUGUCUGGAUUUUGGUGUUUGCUCAAACACUGCCACUGCUCCUCAAACCCAUGUCUAAGCAGGAGGCAGACAAGACUACUUGCAUGGAAUAUCCAAAUUUUGAAGGGACAGCAUCUCUCCCGUGGAUUCUGCUCGGAGCCUGCCUGCUGGGCUACGUGCUGCCUCUUGCCAUCAUCCUCCUGUGCUACUCUCAGAUCUGCUGCAAACUCUUCAGGACUGCCAAGCAGAACCCACUGACCGAGAAAUCUGGUGUGAACAAAAAGGCUCUCAACACCAUCAUCCUCAUCAUCGUUGUGUUCGUCCUGUGCUUCACACCCUACCACGUGGCCAUCAUUCAGCACAUGGUAAAGACUCUCUACGCCCCCGGAGCCCUAGACUGUGGGGUGAGACACUCCUUCCAGAUCUCUCUGCACUUCACGGUGUGCCUGAUGAACUUCAACUGCUGCAUGGACCCUUUCAUAUACUUCUUUGCAUGUAAAGGGUACAAGAGAAAGGUCAUGAAGAUGCUCAAACGUCAAGUGAGUGUGUCAAUCUCCAGUGCAGUGAGGUCAGCCCCUGAGGAGAACUCACGGGAAAUGACGGAGUCACAGAUGAUGAUCCACUCCAAGGCCUCCAAUGGGAGGUAAAGGUGCUUGGGCCCUCACAGCACAGCAAGCUGCAGGGCAGGCGGGCUCUGCCUACCAACUGUUCUGCUCCCAACCAGGAUGCCUUCCAGUCGUCCUCUCUGGGUGGAUCACCCACUGCCACCUCACCAGCCAGCGCACUGACAUCCAGACCAGACCAAGGAAACAGCAAAAGCAAGCUCUACUUCAUAAACGAAACAGAAUAUACAAAGGAAGGCUAUCGUAAUACGUCUCCAUGUAAAAAGAAAUGCUGCGUGAAAUUACCAUUUCUUGCCAAUAGCGUGGCAAAAGAAAGAAGACUGGUUGCACUGUAUAUUGCCAGUGUAAAAAUGUUAAUACUCUAAUAUAUGUAACAUAUUUCCUAAUUGACACCUUUCACUUUUAGAUUUUGUUUCCUUAGUAAUUUAGAUUUUGUUUUGUUCUAAGACAACUGUUUUCAGAAACAUUUUGUGAGAUAAAAAACAGGGUCUAACGAGAAUGUUAAUAGCCACUGUCAGGAGUUCCAACUACAAUUAACGGAAGGUAGAUGUGAAGCGCGAAGGCGGAAAUGUUGGUGAUGACAGAGACGAUGGAAGCACCGAGCCCUUCCCUGAGCAGCCAGGACACUGCCUGUGGACCAUGCCCGGAAACACGACAGGGGCUUCCCAUACAGGCAUCGUGUGCUGGCCGUGUGCCACCUCCCUUUUAGGAACAGAACAUAUGCACACAUGCCUUGUUUUCCUUGAGUCUCAUGGGCACCUGGUACCUACACAGCUGUAGAUUAGGUUAUAAGAACUGGGGCAAAGAGGAUUACAGUUAUAAUUGCCACAUUUGCAUAAAUAAAUCAAAAAGUAAGUGCACAAAAUUGUGCAUUUAUAAAUUAGUAGUUUUCAGGAAUUUUUUCCUUUUUAAAAACCUUUUCUAAAAUUUAUGUUUGACUGCAUGCAAGUCAGUAUACCACAUGUGAGCAGGGCCUGCAGAAGCCAGAAGAGGGUGUCAGAUUCCCUGGGGCUAGAGUUACAGAUGUCUGUAUGCCAUCAUGGAGGUGCUGAAUAUCAAACAUGGAUCCUCCGGAAGAACAGCUAGUACUCUUAACCACUGGGCCAUCUCUAAAGAGUCCCCUUUUCCCCCUUUGAGACAGAAUCUAGCCAUGUCAGUCUAGCUGGCCUGGAAUUCUCUAUGUAGACAGGCUAGCCAUAGACUGCUGUAAAAACCUCCUGCCCCCUAAUGACGGAACUGCAGGUGUGCACCAUGUCCUGCUGGGAGUCUCUGUAAGGUCACGCACCUGCUCAUACAAGUACUUCACUAUGUGCGGCAUGGCCUUCCUAAGCUUCCAAGCACUGUUUGCCUGCUCAAACAGUACAGUAUCUCACUUGGCAAGGAUACCAAUUUAGAUGACAGGGAAAAAAUAAAACACUAUACCAUAAGCUAUAAUUUCAAUUUUUACUGAGCUGUAUGCCCAGGAAAUAUUUCAUUUUAGUAAAAUUAAGCUGAUUUGUCUUUUGAGAUAAA